AUGUCCCGGGUGCGGAAAAAACAGACUAACCUCCCAAACCCCCUUCCAGUCCUCCCCAAACGCCAACUCAUCUUCGUCUUCAGCAUCAUGUCCUUGUCUUUAAUAGUCUGCUUCAUCGACCAAAACGGCAUCAGCGUCCUCCUCCCCUCCAUCGCACAAGACCUACACGCGCAAUCCACAAUUUCCUGGGCAGGCACAUCCGCUCUCAUCGCCAACACCGUCUUCCAAGUCCUCUACGGCCGACUCUCGGAUCUCUUUGGACGCAAAACCGUCCUCUUGUCCGCUCUGGUACUCUUGGCAUUGAGUGAUCUCGCGUGCGGCCUGGCGGUGAAUGCGACCAUGUUGUAUGUCUUUCGCGCGUUGGCGGGGGUGGCGAAUGGGGGCAUUGCGAGUUUGAGUAUGAUGAUUGUGUCGGAUGUGGUGACGUUGCGAGAAAGGGGCAAGUAUCAGGGGAUUUUGGGAUUCAUGGUCGGAGCGGGGAAUGCGGCGGGUCCGUUGAUUGCGGCGGCGUUUGCGGUGCAUGCGACGUGGAGAGGACUGUUUUAUUUGCUGGCUCCGUUGUCGUUGGUGGCGUUUGCGGCGAGUUGGAUGUGGUUGCCGACGAACAUGCCCAAGUUGAAUUGGAAAGAGACGGUGGCGAGGAUCGAUGUGUUGGGCUUGUUUUUGGGGGCUGCUGCGGUGAUUUUGUUGCUGAUUCCCACCUCGUCCGGCGGACAUGCGGGCACGCCGUGGGAUUCGCCUGAAGUGAUUGCGUUUUUUGUGGUCGGGGGUGUAUGUUUGAUUGCCUUUCUGCUGGUCGAGUGGAAAUGGGCGAAGCUGCCCAUGAUGCCUCUGGGAAUGUUCAAGACUGUGUCUGUGAGUGCCAUGCUCGCGCAGAGUUUCUUACUGGGCAUGGCAUAUUACAGCUACUUGUACUUUUUGCCACUGUACUUUCAAAACGUUCGCGGGAAGAGCGCUCUCCUGGCAGCCUGCUAUCAGCUCCCCAUGGUGUUGACGCAAUCGUGCUCUUCCAUCCUAGGCGGACAGUACAUGUCACAUUUCAAUCGAUACGGAGAACUCAUCUGGGUCGGGUUCGGUGCAUACACUCUGGGAUCGGGACUGCUCAUCCUCGCCAACAGAACAAUACACCUCGGCCUCGUCAGUCUGUUUCUGGUCUUCACCGGGUUUGGUAUUGGAUUGACCUUUCAGCCCACGCUGGUAGCACUGCAAGCUCAUUGCCCCAAAGCACAGCGGGCAGUCGUCACAUCCAAUCGUAACUUUCUUCGCAGCUCCGGUGGCGCGGUAGGGUUGGCAGUCUCCUCUGCGAUCUUGUCCAACGUUCUCAAGGCAUCUCUACCCACGAGACUCCAGUCGAUUGCGGAAAGUACCUUUGCGGCACCCGAUUUGAGCAAAUAUUCCGAGUUGGACAGGAAUGCGAUUGCAGAUGCAUACGCCGAUGCGAGUCGAGCGGUCUUCAUCUUUUGCCUGCCCGUUGCGGGAAUUGCUUUCCUGCUGUCUGCUCUCAUCACGGACAAAGGUCUGAUACGAAAGGAGGAGCAAGUGGCCACUGUUCCCUCUGCAGCUGAGAAAGCAGUAACAGAGGCAGAGCAGGAUCCGAAAGAGACGACGAAAGAAGAAGAAGAAGAAGAAGAAGAAGAAGAAGAAGAAGAAGAAGAAGAAGAAGAAGCACUAUAG